CGCGGGCCCGCCGCGCCACACUCGGUAAAUGAGGCGGCGUUGUGCACAGUGGGUGUGGGCAUGGCUAUGCGUGUGGACGGCAGCGGCAACAGCGAUGCCGCCACCUGCACUGCCCGGCAAGCGGGAUGUGUUCGUAUCACGUGGCUGGGGGGCCGGCGGAAUGCCCUUCAGUGUGCUCUACCUACCCGCACCUGUCCUGCCUGCAGGCGAGCCGCAGCCACAGUCAGAACAGCCUGUGUCACAGGCACUUACAUUUCCCAAUGGAGCAGAGGAAGAGGACGAUGAAACUGAUAUCCCAGAAAUUGCUGAACAAGAUGCCGGCCUACCUCAAACAGCUGCCUACCGUGCGAUGGAGCUGCGUAAUGCUAGGGAGCUCCUACAGCAACCACUAUCCCGCAAGCACUAUUCUGUCAUACCUCAGCUGUUCGUAUCUUACGGUUGGGGCCCACUUGGAAAAUAAAACUGGAAUUUUCAUCCACUCUAUUCCAUUCUAUACUCAAAAGCUCCAGUGUAUGUGAAUGAACUUAUUUAACUAAUACAAUCAAUUUUUGGCAAGUCUGUCAACUUAUUCACUGAAAUACAUGUAAUAAAAUCACAUAGAGAAGUGAGUCAAUAAACA